CGCAUAUGUAUUUGGUGCCUUCUUGUACCAAUAUCUAUGUGUUAAAAUAAAUAAAUUAUAAAAAAAUAAUCAUCACAUUGAAUCAGGACGGAAGUAAUGUUGAACAAAACUCAUAAUGAGUAAAUCAAUUGAAUUUUGACUUUUCUUUCCAUAUUAUCAAUUAUGAAUGAUGAUGAAACUGGUUCGAAGCUGAUCACAACCACACAAAGCCUUUAUCUAUAAUGUUUUUUCUCUAACCAAUGAAUCGCAUUGUUCUGUUCCCGUAUUCUCUGUUAAUUUCAUCCAAAAAAAUCUUUUUUUAUUUCUAAUCUCUAUUGUAUUUUCUUUUAAAACCGUUAACUAGUGUACACCAUUGAAUGUUUAUUAAUUUUAUUUCUGUUUAUUUGAGCUUUUUUUAUCCUCAGUAAGUUUAAAAGUUGUACCACAGACAGAUGAUUGACAUGUAUCAAAAUAUAAACUAAUUACUUCAGUUCGUCAGAUAUCAACAUGUGAUCAAUCACUGUGUAGUGGCCAAUGUUGUAUUUGUCUUUCCCUUUUGUGCUGAUCGAAUUCUGUCUAUCAGGUUUCUGACGAGCUUCAAGUAGCACGAAUUCUAGGUUCAGUAUUUCCUGUCGACUAUCUUUAACCAACUAACACCAAAACAUUGUGCACGUGAAAUCGAGUCACAUGGUAACUUGAUUGAUAAAAUUCGAUCAGUACUAAAGAACUAUGUUCAGGGUUUUUCUGUCGACUGCCUCUAGCCAUUUAACAUCACAUUUAAUCACCUGGCACGAAUAUGCAUUGGUUCAAAUUCCUUUAACCGUACAUCAGUAGUAUGAGAUAGGAAAUUAAUAAGAUAUAUAACAAAAAAGCCAAAAUAACAUUAGUAACAAUGAUAUUAAAAUUUAUAUGCGUGUUUUUCAAUAAGCGAUAAACCAGUUGAUAAGGUUUUGAAUCUUUACCGACCAUAAGACAACCUGUCUAUGUUCUUAGCUAAAGUUUUGCGUGAAAGUUGAAGGUAUUUGUACUAAGACUAGUCAUUAAUUUUUCUAAAACAUAUUCCGAAUCACAGACUUUUUCAUCUAGAUGAAGUACACAUUACAAACAAAAUAAAUGGUUAGAAGAGAUCAUUGAAUUCUGUAACUCGAAAUUAAUUACACUGAUCCAAACUACUGACACAUUUCUUCUCUUUAUGCUCCUAUCGGUCUUGUAUAUCAUUUUGUUAUUACUAUUAAUAUCGUCUGUUUUAUAUUUUUCUUGUAUGCUAUAGAGGUGGAUUGUAUAAAUAAACGAGAUUUCUAAUUGUUAAAAUAAGUAAAACUCUAUACUUUGAUAAACAGAUGUACACAAUGAUAUAUCUUAACCGAGUAGUGAUGGUUACUCACAUGACACAGUUAUUGAGUCGAAUGGCCGAAGAAACAAAUGAAUACUACUGGUAGUUAGAAGAAUAGAAUAUUUUGUCACAUAAAAUAAACAUCGUUAGAAUUCAUUAAAUGAUUGGAGGAUAUUACUUUUAAUGGUUACUCACUCUCCAGUAAAUUAAGAUCCGACUGUUAAACUGGAUUGAAACCUACCAUAUAACUGUACCCAUUUGUUUUUGCUUUUUGGGUUAUUGUGUAAGAGGACAUUGCGGAUACCAACGUUGUCAGACGCCACAUAUCCGAAAAGAAAUUCAACGAUUAUAAAACAAUGAACUAGUUAUUUGUAGUCUACAAAUCAUUUGUACAAUUUACGCAUGCACCCAUUGUAGGCUAUUAAUUAAAUUAUUGACUGAUUUAAGGGUAAGUUAAGAGAGUUAGGCUGAAACAUGGCAUCAUGUCAUAAAGUCAUAGACUGUUGGUUUUAGUCAUGCUAAUAUAUCAGUGUACUUAGUUCAGAGGGUGGUACUGUCCACGCAGUAGUCGCGAUCAGUGGUUGAAGAUCUCGGAUGGAAUGGCUCAAAAUCUUUGGCAAUAAUACAGAUAGAUUUAUCCAGUGUAUUCCUCAAGACAUUGGGUUUUUAUAUUAUUUUAUAUAUUUUUUAUUCAACCAAUUCAUUCCAUUUUUUGGUUCAUAUUCUCUACGUGUAGUCUUUUUUUAACGACUAUUUCAACUUAUUUUCUAUUCAUUUGGUUAAUUUCAAACUGGCUAUGCUAAUUUGAUUUGGCGACAUAGACUGAUCCCCACAUGUAUCUAUCUCAACUCUUACUUACUGUGGUUAUGACUACUGUCCGACUAAUAUUCACUUGGGAAUUUCAACAACCAUGGCCAUGAAAUUUACAAAUGAUCAGUAACCAUUUAAUCAAACAUACUGGACUAAUUUUAGAUGCAAAGUCAACUUUACGUUUAUUAAGAAAAUUCUUACAACCAUUCGUUAAUCGUGACUUUGAUCAGCUUAUGAAAAAGUAUAUGGAUGAUUUCAUUCUACUGGCUGUGAAUAAUAUUCGUGAUGUAUUAGGUGAACAAUCUGUGUCUGAAAGUGAUUUGACUAAAUUUCGUCAAAGUUUAAUCCAUCGGGCCGUCAUACGUUAUUUCCCUGAACGUCCUCAGAGGGAUUUUAUCAAUCACCAGGGUACUAGAAGUAAUCCUUCUCCAAAAACUGGGGAUAACAAACCCGAAAAGCAGAGUAUUCAGAAAUCAGAUUUGAUUAUGCAGUCGAAAAUAAAUUCAUUUAGUGCUUUUCCUUCGAAAUGGGCAGAUUCGAAACUACAUUCACGUAUUCCAACUCCUGAUUCAUUAGAGUCAUCCAUGUCUUUUAAUAACUCUCCUCAACUUUCACCGAUACCUAGCUCAGAUCCGAUCAGUUUCGAUAAAUCUUUUCUAUCUACUAAUGAUAUUCCAAAUCCAACUGUUGACAAAACCUUUCAAACUGUAUAUUCACCUCUACACAAUCCAGUGGCCGGAGAUAAUGAAUCACAUUAUAGUUUAAGAAAUAUCUCUAAUAAUUCAUCACUUAGAAAUGUACGUAAAAGAUUGCAUCCAUCCAGUCGUUUGAAAAUUUCCCCGGUUUCCUAUGAUACAUCAACGUCUGACAAUAGUAAUAAUCUUUUAAUUAAUACUGAAUCAUUCACCGCCGCAGACUGUGAUAUUAAUAAUUUACAAGAAAAAUGUACCAGUUUACCAUUGUCUUCUCAUUCACCGUCAUCAGCUUCAUCAAGUUCUACGGUUGGAUUUUUCCGUGAUCCAUUUAGUUCAGAUAGUGAAGGGACAUUAAUUGACUCAUCAAAUAUCAAGUUAUCAGGACAAAGUAAUAAUACACAGAUCAAUAGAUCAUCAACUUAUGGAUUUCAUUAUUCACCUGGUUUAUCAUCAACUAUAAAAAAUAAUUCCAAUGCUCCAAUUCAUAGACUAAAAUCAAAAUCAUCAAGAGGUCGUAAAACUCCAUGGUGGGAUAGAACUCGCGGAAAAAAAUCCAAAUCCAAAGUUACUAAUAUUAGUAGCAACACUCAAUACGAUAAACAUAAUGAAAAUUUAACAGAUGAGAAGAAUUCACUAGUUGAAAAUGAUUAUCGACAAUUUAUCAACACACUGUCCAAUCAGUCCGUUACUUCAUCUGUAAUUUAUGCUAGCAACAAUAUCAGUAAUGAUCUGCAUAAUUCUAAUCAAAACAUCCACAAUAAUCGUAGUAAUGCACGUAAAAAUACGUCUUCACGUCUAUCUAGAAAAAAGUGCACUGCAAUAAAAAGCACUGUGAAUAAUUUUACCACCAAAAAUAGCAAUGUAACAAAGUUCACAUUUGAUCAAAAUACGCAUUUCGCACUGGGCUCAUCAGCAAAUACAUGGCUUGGUAUGGGUACUGCACGUGGUCGUAUUUACAGUAAACAUCCAGAAUUAUUUCGUUAUAUUUGUGAUAAUGAAGAUAAAGCAUGGCUUGUUCAAACUGGUCUCAUUAUUAGUCAUGGUGUCAAAGCAUAUUUAGUUCAUGCUGAACAAGUACAUCAAAUUGCUACACAACAAAUUAAUUCACAUUCAUCAAAAGCUGAUAUAGAAAAACUAAAAACCUUUAAACUACCUUAUUGGUUUCUACAAAAAGUAUGAAAUUAUUGGUAUUUUAUGUUGAUAAUGUAUGAAUCCUGAUUGUGUUAGAUAAAAGUUAGGGACGGCCACAAUAAAACGUGACAUCAGUACACAAAAUCAGUGACUGUUGGACUAAGUUGUGUAGGUAGAUUCAGACUACUUAAUUCGGGUCCAUAUGGCUAUUGCAACUAAUGUUUGGAGGAGACGUUGGGCAAUAUGACUCAAAGCGAGUCAAAAUAAUGUAAAUCAAUUCACUCUUUGUCUUUCCCUAAUUCUUUAGUCUUGGGCUUCUAAGGUGAUCACAUGCAUAAUUAAAUUUUACUAAGAAUACUGAAACCCCUUCAGAAACGAUAACUCGCGCAUUUUUUCUAAUUCAGUUUCCCACAUUACUUUCGCUUUCUGAUUGAUUGUUAUUGCUCUUAGUUCGUCAAAUUUCUGUAUGCUUGAAGGUCGUUUUGUACUGCUUGUCCUACCUCAAAUAUCAAGCUCCCUUCAAUCCGUCUUCUUUCUUUAUCGGCCAUCAGGUGUUGAUGUGGUUUGUAAAUUUCCUUUGUCGAAUUCAGAGAGUACCUAUCGUAUUAGAGUAGCUCAAUUGUUUUUCUCCAAAUCGUAGGACCGUACUAAACCCCGAUAACGCGAUAAAACAUAAACUUAUCUUAUACUCGUUAUUUCACGAUCUUAUCCUCACUUCCAAAAUCCUACUAUCUAUGUCCAACGUGUCCUAUUACUACUACUGUAAUCAACAAACACUUGGGUAAGGUGAACCAAAAUCACACAUUGGAUUUGUAAAAUUUGAAAACAAUACAUUAAAUACACUAUUUGCCUAUCUUCCCUGGUUUGACCCCUACAAACUCCAUCAUUCUUCUGUUCCUGUUGUUAUUUCGAUUGGUUUCUGUUUUCCUUUCUCUUCUCUUCGUUUUCCCCUUUUGUCCGUAAGAGUUCUACUUUGAGUUCUUAAUAUAUAAUACUUAUACUUGUCCGUACAAGCAGUACACACCAUACUACUACUAAUGAUAUCAUUAUGACUUGUAUUUGUGUUAAUAAUCUGAACUCUGAAUGCGCUGAUAUGAUUCGGUGAAUUGAGCCCAAAUACAUAUAUAUUUUACAAGUUCUACAUUGAUUAUGAUCGUCCGACCGAUAACCAGAUUUUACUUGAUCUAAAUUAUAUUUCUCAAUAUUUAUCGUUUUUUAUACUGUUAAACUAUUAAUGAUUAUUUUCCUGAGUUCAUUGUUACUAUAGUUUCAUCGGUGAUUCAUAUCAGUUAGUAUUUCCAACUUAUUCGAUCUAAGCAUUUUCGUUUCCAAAUUUUACUUUUUUUUAACUAGUAGUUAAAACUUAUUACUGGAAGCUUGAUCCAAUCAGUCGUUUGAAUAACGACUAAAGUAACUUAGCUUCUUGUUAAUUAGAUUUACUUCAACACCGUAGAUAUUAGUUAUAAAGACUAGAGUAAAUAGGUUUUUUGUCUUCAACUCAUUUAAUCUAACUGGUUAGAGAUUAUGUUAGAAUGAGAAGGGUAUUUCUUUAUUGUUCAUUUGCCGAAUACAAUUCUUCGUGAAAAAUUUGUUACAACUAAUUCAAUAAUUAUGAUGGUAUGUUUAUCCUUGAGCAGAAAACAAGUCAGUUAUACCAAAAAUGGUAGGCAUUUAAAAAAAACCAGUCAAUUGGAAAUGGGGAAAUACUUUUCUAUGAUAGAGACCAUUUCACUGUUCUGUCAACAUAUGAAAUGAUAAUUUAGAACAAUUCAAUGUUUAAUUAGUUCACUACUACAACUGUAAAAGUAAAAGAGCCAAAUAAGUCAACAGACCUUAUCGUAGAAAUUAGCAAAAUUAAAUCGCUUUUCUUGGGUUAAAUAUUUCCCUACCUUAAUUUCUAUUCCAAUACACUCAUAACUGAAAUUCUUUUAUAAUUCAAUCAUCAUUUACUCAUUCUGUUGUUUAUUCUAUAAAUCAAAAAAGGUUAAAACUGUCGCAUCACGUCAUUCAUUUUUCGUUCAUGUUAUAUCAACCGAACAAGAGUUCACGAAGAACGAAAUAGAAAAAAAUAAACAGAAUAAUUCAUCAGUUGAUGGACCAUUUCCUUCUCCUUUUAUACAAUCAUCAUCUUCGUCUAUAUCCCGACCAAAUAUUAGUCAAUCCAAAUCGAACAAUUCAAUAUCUUUGUCGAAUCCAAUGGAAAUCAAUCAUUGUACUACUCACAAUAUUAUUACUAAUAUACCAUCAUCUAGAAAAAUCCUAGUAUGUCUCUAUUUUAUUACAUUGUCAUGAAAUCAUCGGUAAUCAUUUUGAAUUGACACAUUGAAAUCUUAAGCUGUUCAAAUCCAUAUUGAAAAUUCCGUAGUCAAGUAAUAUCUGGUAGGACUCUUGAUGUGAACUAACAGUGUUAAAUCAAUAAAUAAUUAAAUAGGCAAGUGAAACUCAGUGAAUAGGUAAUUUCCGAAUUUGUGUAUCCAACAUUCGACUGACUACAAUGAAGCUGAUAUAAACUGUUUGAUUCAACAGUUGAUUAUUCUUGAUUUCUAUUAUAAUGGGGGUUUGUGGAGAUUGUAGUUGAAUUCAUGAGUCGAUCUAAGCUAGACCACCAUUGAAAACCUAGAAUCACUGAACGGCCGUUUCGUCCUAUUAUGGGACUCCUCAGCAGUGCGCAUUAACACAGUUGGAUUCCGGCUCAGUGGUCUAGAGGUUAAGUGUUCGCACGCGAGACUGAAGGUCCUGGGUUCUAGUCCCGUAUGUGGGAUCGCGAGUGAGCACUGCUGAGGAGACCCCUACUAGGAAGAAACGACCGUCCAAUGCUUCCAGGUUUUCAGUUGUGGUCUAGCUUAGACCGACUCAUUAAUUCAAUUAUUCUUGAUUUAACGAAAGUCCAAAUCGAACUUGCUUGUUUUUGUUAACAUGGAUAUAUAUAAUACUUCAUUUAUUCUCACCUGUCCAAUUUGUCAGAUUGAAGAUGAGAAGUGUGUUCCAGUUAUGUAAUUAUUCUACUUAGUUAUUGUUCAAACUUAAUCCCAAAGCCUUUUUUAGCUUUUGCAAUCUAUUUUUACUCCCAAUCAUAGUGUAAACUUGGUCUACCUCUGGUUAUUCUUAUGUAAAAAUCAACAGUGGCGAUUUUUUUUUUCAUGAUCAAUUAAUUCAAAUGAAAAUUUAAUGAUCCAAUCCCUUUUACCACUAUUCAACUCACAGAUACUAUAUAUUCUCAUUUUUUCUACGUCAGAUCGAAAAUGUCAUUAGGAUUUAGGUUGUUUCCGUGUCUGAAUAAAUUUCUGUUUUGAACAUUCACUACAUGCUUCCAUCUUGAAAAAGAAACUGAUUUUCCUAUUUAUAUAGAAAAUUAUAAGUAGAAAUUAGUCAAUUUCAUUGGAUUAGCUUUAUUGAUAACCUUAUAUGAAUGAAAAAUAACAAAUAUUAUGGGAUUGAUUAAAUUUAUUUCAUUUUUUUGGUGCUCUAAUUCUCCCACAAACUCACUGAUUUGUAUAAACAAUAAUAUGUUUUACAAUGCAAUUAUGUAUGUAACAUGUAUAAAGUCAUUUAUUUCACUAAUGAAAAAUGAUUUUAAUUAAUAUCCCUUUUUUAUAUAAAAUGAACUUGUAUGUUUGCGAAUUCAGCAAGAAAGAGAGAAUAUGACUUCAUCGUAUGUGCAGAUUUUUAAGAUUACAAUGGAUAGAUAGAUAGAAUGAUGAAAACGAUAGUAAUUACCAAAAAAUAACUCUAUAGUGAUCAUAAUAAUGAUAUAGUAGUUGAAGACGUCAUGAGAAAACGAAAUAAUAUUGAAAUGAUAGGACCAGUUGUAAUAACCAUUAAUUAGAAUUGAAAGUAUUGUAGUGAACAGAACACUGGUGGGGACAAUCGAACUGUAUUUAGCACAAAAUUACCGAGCUACUUGGUAAAAUAGAAAAACCAUAUAGUAAAUCGUUCAUUUGCAACAUAUCAAUCCAUUGUCUCACAUUUCAUUGUUCAUGCGUUUUCUUACAAAUUGCAUUGUGUUCCUGCUCUUCCUUUCUUGAUCUUCCUCCAUCUUCUGCUGCCAGACAUUACGUUUUUAACUCGCGUCAUAUACUACUUAUAUCAAUAUAAGUAGCACGCACCACAGUAUCACUAAACUAAACAGUGGAAGUAUUAUUGUAAGUAAAUAAAGAUAAAAUUAGUGAAAUAAAGCAAACUUUCGAAAAUGAGAGAAAUAAUAAAGGAAAAAUUAUCAGUUAAACGAUCAAUAUAACAGUGCCAAGUAAACUACAAGUUAUUUUGUACACAAAAUUGGGGUAGCAGCUGCCUCUGUAUGACAUGGAAAUUUGCCGUUAUUCCGUAUAUUUGUCGCUCAGAAUUUUCAUUGUGUGUCUUCCCAUGGUAAUACUAGGUAGUUUGGAGCCAUUCAAGAUCAAAUGUUCCAGCCUAUGUUCCGAGUUUCUGUUAUAUCAUACUCUCUCCAUUUUUCUAACGUAUGUGAUGUAGUAGGUACAGGCGAAAAGCUUGAAGUUCAAGGAAAACAUCCAAUCACAACCUCAACUCUACCCUCUCUUUUCCAGGUGACACUAAAAUCAGUAUGAUUUAGUUGUAUGUCUUCGGUUCACCUAGUAUAUUCUGUUUAGGUUUUUAACAAGGAGAAAAGUGUAUCAAUCGAUAAUGUAAGAACUCGAAUCAUUUAUGUUUUGCUUUUGUCUUAUGUUACGUAUACCAUAUCACCAUCUAUUAUUAUACAACCAAAGUAGAUUGAUUUUGACCUACGUUUCACUCUUGAUGUUACCGUAGACCUAGUGACUUAGUAACAAUGAUCCAUAUUACUCUUGUUAUCUAUUUUUUCUUCAACAACUUAUAUUUUAUGGUUUUAAUUUGAUUGAAUCAUGUCUACUUGUUUAAUGUGAGUUUUUUCUGUUAAAAUUUAGAAUUCCCCAGUUAUAGUACCCUCCUCAUCACCAUCGUCAUUGUCGUUGGCUUCUUCUUCAUCUGUCACAUCUAAAUAUUCUUUGGCUGCAUCAUCAUCGGUGCAGGAGUAUCAUGACACGGACAAUAAUCAAAACAGUAAUAAUAAUAAUAAUAAUAAUAAUAAUAAUAAUAAUGUUCUAUUAAACCGUCAUUACACCAAGUCAAAUUGGAAAUCAACCAAUUCUUACUCAAAAACUACGUCUAUCGACAACACUGAUCAGAAUAAUAAUAAUUUAGUAAAUACAAUUCAGUCACUUCCUAGUCCCAACCCACCAACAUUGGAACGUUUUGAUUAUACUACUAAUAGAUAAAUAGCUAGUGAUAUAUGUAUGCAUGAUUGAUAAUGUUCAGUUUUUUGCUUUCAAUUAAUACUUGGUCUUUCAGUUCAUUCGAUUGAUUUAUUUUUAUUCGUUCAUCCAAUCACUCACUUGUUGCCAUUUCUUUUUCGAUCCUAGAAUAUUCCGUUUUUUUUCUCUCUCAACAACUCUCCUUAUUUCAUUUCUCAUUACGUGAUAAUUUGCUUGUUGUUGAUAAUCUCUAAUAUUUUUUUAUUCAUUAAUUAAGACGAUAAACUGUGUAUUGUUGUUGUGAUGGUGGUAGUUGUGAUUAUUGUUUCAUUUGUGCAUUUCAACAUAAACAAACAAACAGAUAACAAAAGAAAGUGAAUAAAAAAUAGGCCUAUUUGAAAAGUUUCUUCCUUUGUCAAUGAGAUUGUCAUUUAACUGUCCUCUUUGUUCUUUGAAAUCCUGUUACGUUUUCUUCAUUUUUUUUCCGUGUAUGUGCAUGUGAAUGUAAUUGUUUUGUAUUAAAAAAAGAAUAUUGUACAUACAAUAAACAUUAAAAUAUGGCUGUCUGUAUAUAUGUAUUUAAUAUUGUUACUGUAAUAAUGGCUGUGUACUAAUUAUUUUCAUAUUAUAUCAUCAUUUAUUAUUUUCACUGUCGUCUGGUAUUGAUUUCAUCCUAUUUCUUUUGUUUCCAUAUUCUUUUCCUUUUUAAUGAAGAAUAAUUCAGCUCAUUAUGUGUAUGUAUGGUUCUUCUUUUCUCUAUCUUUCUCAAGCUUGAUUUAAAUCACUACAUAUUAUAAAUACACAUUUCUGUUUUUGAAUAAUCAGUAUUCAUUCAUAUAAAAUCGGUGCUGUUAUUUGCUUCAGUUACGCAGUUCAUACUUACAUAUAUACUACUACUUCUACGAUGUCUUUGUAUACUACCUCUUUUUAUUUUCUGAUACUAACAAUUCAUCAUUAUGCUUUGUUAUAUUUGUGCUGUGUGUACAUUUUUCUUUGAGGGGGGUGUCUGUAUAACUCAUGUACGGCUUCUGGUUCACUCAUUUAAAAUGUCAUGUUUUUUUUUAAUAAAUAGUCAAGAUGUAUUGAUUCAUUAAUAAGUUUGACUGUGAAAACAAAUUGUUAUUGCCUUUCAUUUGAAGAUGUCAUUCUCAUUUCUCAGUCACCCAGUCUUAUCGACGCUUGCUAUAGAUUUUAUGUAACUGACAUCAAAAUUUCGGUAAUUUAAGCCUUUCAGUAUUAAUAAUUUUAGGAAGGCUGUUAUAAAAUGACCUUGAUUUUAAAGUAAUGGAACUACUAUCACUUAUCUAAGUCUCAUUAAUUCGUAUUAAACAUCACUACACUUUUUUAAAAUAAUACUUAUUUAAAAUUGCCCAGUUUUCGAGCUAAGAUUGUUAACGUCAUUAUCACCAUUAAGGCACGUCAUUUUUCCUAUUGUGUCUAGUGUCACUUUCAAAGCAAUAUGAUGAAAAUUCACAUUUUGAUUUCACUCAGUUGUGCAUUUAUCAUUUAAGGUUAAUUCCCACAAUACUCUUCUGCGAUUGUAAACAAGAAUCGUUUGUUUACUCAGGUGUUAAUUGUUUGCGAUGCAAAACUUUUUUAUUUAUAUGAUUCAUUUAUAUUCCUCCAACUGGGUCGAAUCAGAAAGAAAUGAACGACCCAACCAUCUGUUUGUUUUAUCUUAUUGAGUUUAGUUGAAGUAAGCAAUUGCACAUAUCCAAUAGAUUCAGUCUCAAGUAAUGUGAUUUAACUUAUCUAAUGAAAAGUUGAAAGUGAGAUGGUAACUUAUUACCUAAUGUAUUAGACUUUCAACCGCUAGUUAUUACGUUCGGACCCUUUCCCUUCAACUUCAAUCUGAGCAUCUGUAUAGGAUUACCAGAUGUUGUAACUAAAGCGUCGUUGAAAGCUAAGGACAGGAAUUUCGUACAUUACAGUAUUGCGUUAUAUACUACAGAAUUAUAUUAAAUGUUUUAAAAAGUCUUUGAGUAGACAAUCAGAUAUUACCACCGACGAAGACUCAUAUUGUAUUAAGAAAUACCAUAGCAGAAAUCCAUAAGUUAUAUCUCGUAAAAUCUUUCAUAAAAACCAAUUCGAAAAUUACUAUACUUAGAAGUAACCUUGAAUUACUUAACACACUUCAAUCUAUUAGCAAAUGUUCGUAGUGUUCAGUGUAUAAGUUAGUGGACUAAAUUGGUGUGUUGAUCAGGAAAUCUCUCAGUUUCAUGCAAGAUGCCUUCAUCAGUACGCAUUUCACAAAAAAGCAAAUGUUUAAUGUUAAUCAUCUUUGAGAAGUUAUGUAAGCCGUAAUUGGAUUAUUCUCUAACUCAAGAGUUUCUAAUUAAUCAUAUUUUAUCUAUAAAAUAAAUUUAUGAAAUUCCAAGUUUUACUGAUUAGAAUAAUCAAUACAAAGGGUUUAAUAAAAUACUCGUUAUGAUUUAUGUAUAUGUAAAUCAAGUUCAUAUUCAAUAGUUUGGAAGAAGUAACAGAACGAAAAUAUCCAAGGUAUACCUCGACAAAUUUCAUACACUUGGUUGCCUUCACAAAUUUGAACAAAGGAAGAAUGAGAAUAUUUGCAAAAUAUUUUAUUAAUUUCUCGUUAUCUACAUACAACCUAAUACAUUUACCUAUUUCCAAUUAUUGAUAUAACAUUCCAUUUAAAAUGUAAUUCUUACCUUCAAAGAGUUGAUAGCUAACUUCUAACUGUUUUCAAUAGUUGAGGUCACAAGUCAGUUGAAGCUAGACCACCAUGGGAAACCUGGAAGCACUGGACGGCCGUUUCGUCCUAUUAUUUGACUCCUCAGCAGUGCGCAUCCAAGACCCGCUCCGCGGGACUCGAACCCAGGACCUAUCAGUCUCGUGCGCGAGCACUUAACCACUAGAUCACUAAGCUGGCAUCCAACGGUGUUAAUGUCUAACUUCAACUAAUCCACGAAAUUGAGUGACACAUCCACCAUUGUCAUCAGCGAGUUAAUAUCUCACAACAGACCAGGUUGAACUCCACUGAUAUUACAGCUUCAACUGACUCAUGAUCUCAACUAAUGAAAUUACUACAAUCUCCACAAAAGCCCCUCUGAUUCUAACUCUUUUGUUAACAGAAGUAAAUUAAAUAUUUUGAUCUUUUUUUCCAAAAUAAUUCUAAUCACAAUCUAGUGAGUUAAAUACACACAUCCUUUGUUGUUGUUUUCUUUCUGAACUUUUUAAAACAAUUUUUUUGAUAUUACGUGACAUUCUAUUGAAUACUCUAAAAAAUAUCGUUCUAUACAAUUACAAAAAUGUGUUAAAACGAGUUUAAUUAUAUAACCUUGUUCAUAUUCGUUAUUGUUAAUACAUUUUCCAUAUUGAAUAUUGUAAUAAUAAAUGGAAAUAAUCAAAUAUAAUAAGUUGUAAUACAGUCAAUCUAUUAUAUUCUGUAAAUAUUCUCAUUCUUGUUUUGUUUAAACUUUAACAAAUGAUAUCAAAAAUCUUAAAACAAUAUAUAACAUAUAACUCGGAAGCUAUUAAUGGUUAAGGAAACAAUGAUUAUUAAACUUACAGUCGAAUUAUUAACUGUUAGGGACGUUAGAUCCCCAGAACUCUCUUUGGAAAGGACCUAAUUUUUGUAAUUUGUCUAGAGAGUCUGGAUUUCUUUGUUUUUGCGCCAAAGGCGCACUUGUCACCUUCAUGUCGUAUUUCCCACUGGGAAAUAUCUUAAAUGCUAUUGAUCCGUUGAGUCUUUUAGUAUGCUAUUUGGUAACUCUUCUCAAAAACGGUUUUGCACUGUAUAUAUACGUUUUGAAUUGUGUUUGUUGUUAUCGCUCGUUUCUGGCUGUUUUGCAGAAUAUACUUUCCAUUCC